AUGAAGCCAUACUUUGGACUUCGAGGGACAAACCUCAAUAUCAUGAUCAGUGUGAUUGCCGGUCUUGAUUUCUUACUUUUCGGAUAUGACCAGGGUGUCAUGGGAGGUCUACUGACCCUGAACUCAUUUAUUACGACUUUUCCCGAAAUCGACACUACCAAAUCCAGUUCGUCAACGAGUAGCAACUCCACUACACAAGGAAUCGCCGUUGCUUCAUACAAUUUGGGUUGUUUCUUCGGUGCAAUCUUCUGUAUCUGGAUCGGGAAUUACCUCGGUCGUCGCAAGACUAUCUUCACCGGCUCCAUCAUUAUGGUCAUUGGCGCUACCCUGCAAGCAUGUGCCUACUCGCUACCACAUCUCAUCGUUGGUCGUAUCGUAACUGGUAUUGGCAAUGGCAUGAACACAUCUACGGUUCCUACCUGGCAAUCUGAAUGCUCCAAGUCCCACCACCGCGGUCAGCUAGUCAUGCUAGAAGGUGCCCUAAUUGCCGGUGGAAUCACAAUCAGUUACUGGAUCGACCUUGGAUUCUCUUUCCUCGACCCCAGCUCAGUUGCAUGGCGUUUCCCAAUUGCCUUCCAAAAUGUCUUCGCGCUGAUCAUCCUUUUCUUCGUGCUUCCUCUACCCGAAUCACCCCGUUGGUUAAUCCUCAAGGGCCGCGAAGAGGAAGCCUUGGAAGUCCUCGCCGUCAUCCUCGAUGAGGAAGAAAGCGACCCCUACGUGCUCUCAGAAUUUGCCGCCAUCAAGGAUGCCGUGCUAGAAGCCUCGGGCGUCAGCAUGCGCGAUUUGCUCACAAUGGAUGAAAACCGUCACCUGCACCGUGUCGUCCUGGCAUACGUCAACCAGAUGUUCCAGCAGAUUUCUGGUAUCAACCUGAUCACAUACUACGCUGCUACAAUCUAUGAAUCCAUUGGAAUGGAUGGUUUGACGUCGCGUAUCCUAGCCGCCUGUAACGGAACUGAGUACUUCCUGGCAUCUCUGAUUCCCAUUUUCAUUAUUGAGAAGGUCGGUCGUCGACCGUUGAUGUUGAUCGGUGCCGCUGGUAUGUCGAUUUCAAUGAUCGUUUUGGCUAUUACCACCAGCUUUGAGGGCGAUAGCAAGCCUGGUAUUGCGGCUGCGGUGUUCUUGUUCGUUUUUAACACUUUCUUCGCCUUCGGUUGGUUGGGAAUGACUUGGCUAUAUCCUGCUGAGAUUGUUCCUCUGCGUAUCCGUGCCCCUGCCAACGCGCUGGCAACUUCGGGCAACUGGAUCUUCAACUUCUUGGUUGUCAUGAUCACACCUGUUGCAUUCGACUCGAUCAAGUACAAGACCUACAUCAUUUUUGCAGCCAUCAAUGCCUUCAUCUUCCCCGUUGUAUACUUCUUCUACCCAGAGACAGCCUACCGAUCUCUGGAAGAAAUGGACACAAUCUUCCACAAGACAUCCAGUAUCUUCGACGUCGUCUCUGUUGCGCGCAACGAGCCCCACCGCUACGGAAAGAAUGGCGAGCUUCUUAUCAACUACCAGGACACCGAGGAGCAUCUUCGCCGUGCCAGCUAUGUUUCCGAGAAGCAACAGAGCAAGCUCACAGCUGGGGCUGAUCUCGAGACUGGAAAGGGUAAUCAUCUUGAGCACCUGAAAAAUAGCUCAUCUGAUAGUAACUGA